AUGUUCCUGGACCUUCUGCCCGCAGUGAUUUUUCUUUGCUUCUUACCAUACGAGAUAGAUGUUGGUCUUCUUUUGGCAUUGAAAGGUCCAAAUGUUCCUGGACCUUCUGUUUACAAAGGCAUUAUUGACAAGGAUGGAGUAUUCAUACCUGAUUUCGGGUCACCGGGACGACAUCCCAACCUUUUUGGACAAGAUGGCAUCUCCUUAGAUGACGAGACACCACCUCUGGAAAUCGAAAUUCCUUUUGCCAAGUAUGCAGAACAAAGACUGUCGUUGGACUGGUGGGAUAAGAUGGAUUCAAUGGUUGAUGAGAAAAAACGGAAAACAGACAUGAAAUCGAAUCAAACGAAUGUUAAAAUAUUUUUAUAGGAUCUUCCUGCUACGGUUGCAGGGGGAGAAAGUGUCAACACAGAAAAAAGGAUGACGAUGAGGUGAGCACGAGCACAAAUAUUGAUGUCCAAUUGACGUUCAACCAUCGAAUGAAAUUCAUUGGGAAAUUCACGCAAACUCGGAGAGAUGUAGGCGUUUUACGACGCAAUAGCCGUCGUCGCAGCGAACGCCGUCGGAUUUGACCAGCAAAGUCUGUUUCUUACACAAUACGCAAGUGCGCGACAGCCUAAUUUGAAGGAAUAAAGGUGUUGGACCGAGAAUGGCAACCAAGAGGACACAACACCGGAACGACAAAGACAUUUCUUGACUGAGUGAAUUUCGGUCGUGAAUGAGCGUUGAGGAAAACGAACGCGAACUCACCUACGUGCUUUGACUCUCAGUAUUCAUCUUGACUUUGCAAAUAUAUAUAUUAUAUCAAAAUUGUAAUUGUAUUGAUAUUUAAAAUUUUUAACUGAUUUUCUAUUGGGCAAUACACAAGGGUUAGGUUGCGACAAUGCGUAAAAUUAAUCAUUUUGUAUAAGGUAAUAAUAUACUUAUAAAAUACUGUUUUGCUUUAAAAUAUUUUAUAUAUAUUUACUUGUAUAUAAAAGAUUUUAGUAUAUGGAAUAAGGGAGCGGAAAGCAAGGAAUAAACAAUUUUUAAGCACUUCAAACAUCCUGGAAAAUUUAACAUCUACGUUUAAGCAAGAGUAACAUCGACAGUACUUCUAUACCGUCCUAAUUUGGGUCUUUUUUAUCAUCGGAAAAUUUUGCUAUCAACUGCUAAUGCCUAAAUCAAAGCAUCGUUCACGGGCAUUACGAAUUUUAGACAAAAGCAUUUGUUAUGUUUAGAGUUUGUACUGAAUAAGAUUCUUCUGAGUUUAAAUAUAUUAUCUAUGACAUUAUAUUUGGCGCAAUGUGACUCACGCAAAAAUGCAUCUACGA